UCAGAGGGUUUGUAUUUGUUGGAGAUUGAUCGUAUUCUUAGACCUGGUGGUUACUGGGUUUUAUCUGGUCCCCCCAUCAACUGGAAAAAAAUGUACAAGGGUUGGGAAAGAACACCUGAGGACUUGGAAGCAGAACAGAAUGACAUAGAAGAUUUCACCAAAAGACUUUGUUGGAAGAAGAUUGCAGAGAAGGGUCCAAUUGCCGUGUGGAGAAAACCAACAAAUCAUCUCCACUGUGCAAUUAAAUUGAAAAGUUCAAGAUCUCUACGUUUUUGUGAGGGAAGAGAUCCAGAUAACUCUUGGUAUGAUGAGAUGCAGACCUGCUUAACUCCCCUUCCAAAUGUGGAACAAAUUAGGGAUACAGCUGGUGGCAUCCUUUCCAAGUGGCCAAAAAGAUUAAAUGUUGUGCCCUUGAGGAUCAAAAGUUGGAGUGUAAAGGGAGUCACUGCUGAAAAUUUCAAUCGUGAUAAUCGUAUUUGGAAUCAGAGACUCUCACACUAUGGUAUUUACAUCAAUUUUGGUUUGGCUGGUAAAUACAGAAACAUUAUGGACAUGAAUGCUGGUUUAGGAGGUUUUGCUGCAGCUUUGGCAAAAUAUCCAGUUUGGGUUAUGAAUGUAGUUCCGGUGAAUGCAUCGAUCAACACUCUUGGCAUAAUUUAUGAGCGUGGUCUUAUCGGAACUUACAUGAAUUGGUGUGAAGCAUUCUCUACUUACCCUCGCACGUAUGAUGUAAUACAUGCCGAUGGAAUUUUCAGCACGUACUUGAACAAGUGUGAAUCCAUUGACAUCUUACUUGAGAUGGACCGCAUUCUCCGCCCCGAAGGGGCUGUAAUCAUCAGAGACCACGUAGACAUUAUCGUGAAGGCAAAGAAUGAAGCUGAACGACUAGGCUGGCAAUGCCGCAUGGUUCACAGCGAAAAGGGACCCUUUCACCAGGAGAAACUUCUCAUUGUUGACAACUCCAUGAAGAGCCAUAUCACACUCAACUAGCAUUCUCCUAUAUUUGUUUUUUAUUUGUCCUAUUUGGGCUACAGGUAUGUUCAGGAUUCUUCAUUGUGUUAGAAUAAGAUUAUGGGUAAUCAUUAAUGAAUACUAAGGCUAUAUUUGGGACGGCUUUUUUACUGCUUCUUAAAGCAGCUUUCGAGAAUAAAAAAUUUAAUUUUUGUACUAGAAAGCUGUUUUAAGAAGCAGU